AUUAUCAAGGCCCGGCACAGAGUCACUGUAUUCUGACGACAACGAGGAGAAAUACACACGCAAUGUGCACUUUCAGAGCAACGUUAUUUGGUAGUAAUCGCACUUUAUUUUCAAAAUUCCUACAUUAAUGGCUGCACGAGAAUGCAUCUCGUGUAACCUACAAGGGCUCCGCCAAAGUUUCCCCCUCCCUCCACUUCUGUCACGAAAACUGCUGAAGUUUCAACCGCAAAUGUUUCUGUGGAAAAAGAAACACGUUUAGAGGUCUGAAGUGCUGCACUGAAGGACAACAUUCCCAUAGAAAGUAUAUUUAGGACUUUUAAGAGUCUAUUAAGUGCAAUGACACAGGCAUGUGAUGUGUAGAAAACAGUCCAGAGACGUGCAAACAUUGCGCCUCAUUCAUUUUGGACAACAGUAAGCAGUAACACCAGAGGUCGGCUCUCGCUGUCCGGAAUCUCAGCAGUGAAACAUGGACCCACCAACCGGACCAUCUCUGGGUCCUCACGACUACGACCUGCUGGUCAUUGGAGGGGGGUCAGGAGGCCUGGCUGUGGCAAAGGAAGCGGCAGGGUUGAGGAGGAAGGUGCUGAUCCUUGACCUUGUGGCUCCCUCGCCAAGAGGCACCGAGAGAGAACUGGGAGGUUCCAGUCUCAACAUGGACAGCAUCAGGAAAUAUCUUCAGCAGGCGUCUCUGUUGGGGAAAGCUAUUCAACACUGUCAGGCUUAUGGCUGGAGGUUGAAAGAGCAUGUGUGUCACAGCUGGAGCGAGCUGGUGGAGGGUGUGCAAGAGCAGCUGAAGACUCGCAGUUUGGAGUUGAAGAGGGAGCUGAAGAGCGCGGGAGUCUUUUACCUCCAGGCUCGUGGAGAGUUAGUGGCGCCGCACACAGUGGAGGUGACGGGUGUGAACGGGAGGAAGAGGCGUCUGACAGCUGAGACCGUGGUCAUCACUACAGGAGACCGACCUCAGUACCUGGGCGUACCUGGGGACAGGGAGUUCUGCCUAACCAGUGAGGAUCUCCUCUCACUGCCUCACCCUCCAGGUCGGACCCUGGUGGUAGGCGGCUCUGCAGAGGGUUUGGAGUGCGCCGGUUUCCUGUUUGGCCUCGGCCUGCCGGUUACUGUCAUGCCGCAGCCCGACCUGCUCCCUGGGUUCGAUCAGAAAAUGGCAGAGAAGAUAGAAAAUCACAUGAUCGUUAGUGGAGUGGACUUCCUUUAUAACUGCUCACUCGCCAAGGUGGAGCAGACUGAAGCUGGCAGCGAGGAGGUCGUUUCAGGUGAUUCUGCACCAGCACCACAGCAGGCUUCUCGGGGGCGACUUCGAGUGACCAUCAUCUCCCCAGAAGGCCGAACUAAACAGGAAGACUUUGAUACGGUGCUGCUCACCGUUGGAAGGAAAGCCUUCACCAGUGGGAUCGGCCUGGAGUGUGUUGGGGUGCAGUGCAGCCAGGACACGGGCAGGAUCCUGGUGAAUGAGAGCGAUCAGACCAGCGUAGAUCAUAUUUACGCCAUCGGAUCAGUGCAGCAUGGACGCCCCUCCACUACCGGCCUCUCGGUGCAUGCUGGGACACUGCUGGCCCGGCGCCUCUACAGAGGAAGCAGCAUCUUGUGUGAUUACUCCAACGUGCCCACUGUCGUGCUCACUCAACUGGAAUACGCUUCCUGUGGUCUGUCUGAGGAGAAGGCCAAUCUAACAUUUGGAGAAGCCAGUGUCGAGGUGUAUCACAGCUACUACUGGCCCCUGGAGUGGACACUUCCUGCCAGGAAUAAAAACUCCUGCUAUGUGAAAGUGAUCUGCAACAUCCCCGACCGUGAGCUUGUGGUCGGUGUUCAUGUCAUGGGUCCCAAUGCUGGAGAUAUCCUCCAGGGCUUCGUUGCAGCGAUGAAAUGUGGUCUUACCAAACAACAGCUGGACGCCACAGUGGGCCUUCACCCCGGGUCAGCCCAGGUGCUGAGCUCAUUGACCCAAACCCAGCGGAUGUCUGAGGCCUUGAUGGUGAGGGGAAACUGCUGAGGCUAGCCCCCUGCUGUCAAUCACAGUUGCUUACGGCAACAGUAUAAGACAGCAGGGAUGUGAUUGCUUUCACCUUGACGAGUGACCUGGCAGGAUGGCAAACUGACCGUCCUAUGACGUCCUCACCCGAAGCCUGACAGACAGGCGGGCGUGGACUGACGCCCUGCUGCUGACACGUCUUGUGUUGUGUGUUGUGUGUGUGUGUGUGUGCUGCUUUAGCUUUGUUUGCAUUUUGUUAUGAACCACUUGCUUUGAGCAGAACUUUGAGAUAUACAGUACAGUACCAUUGAAGCGUUAUUAUGGCACUCACAUUUAAGGAAGAUAAGAUGCUCCCUAAGGUUCUGCCCCUGAAAGCCUCUGUAAGCUUUAAUACAGCUGAGUUUUUAAAGGCUGCAGGAGAGUGAUAAGACGCUGGGAUUUGAUGCAUUUAAAUGGAGUAUAAGCUCAGGAUUAUACUCUAUGUUUUUGUUGCUGUGGCACGAGCCUCAGCGCUUUUACAGCCUUAUUUUCAUGUAAUGAACUAGACGGGGAUUAAAGAAUUACCCAAAUAUAAUGUUUAAUGGCAAACACGCUCAUUUUAAUUUAUGCAUAUGGUGUUUUACUUGAGACAUUAGGCCAGAGUUCCUGAUCUUGUUUGAUUUUCCUCUUUUAUAUUCUCUCUCUGAUUCACUGCCUCUGAGCAUAGUCUUACAACAACACUUGAAUAUUCAUGCGGAGCAUUAGGUGAAGUGUCUCAUACAAAUGAAUGCAGGGACUGGAGUGCAGGUAUUUGUUAAAAGCAUGCCGCUGACCCUCAGAAGUGGCACCUCAGCUCCCCACUCUGCAUACAACACAAUACUGUAUGACUCAAGGGCGUCCUUUUCAUUCUUGGUGUGUUGCUCUCCAUUCAACACAUGUUACUGCCCGUCCUGCCGUGCAUUGCUUGUUAAACAUUGUAGCUGUUAGAGCAGGGGUGGGGAACCUCCGGCCUCCGGGGCCGUAUAUGGACGAACGAUUAUUUCUUUGAGGAAGUAAAAGGCCAGUGUGUCUAGUUUGUGCGGACGCGC